GUCGAGUAUAAAAUAAGGGCAAAAAAAAACAUCAACCCUCUCGAAUCUUUGUUGGUGAUAUUUUGAAAGAAAUGUCGUCAAUUUCGGCGCAGGGUGUCGUCGAAAGGGCCAGUGCUGAAUUGACAAAAAGAAUCAACGGUUUGGGUCUUCGUGCAUCAAAGCAUCAUGGUGGUGGAGGUGGUGGAGGUGGUGGUAAAACAAGUGUCAUGGAACGUGUGACAAAUGUAUUUUGUGGAGGUGGUGGAGGUGGUGGUGUUGCAUAUACAAAUUUACAAAGUGGUAAUAACAAUAGUAACAAUAACAAUAAUACAAACACAAAUAAUACACCAGAAAAACCAACAAGAAGUGUACCACUUAAUAAUCCAUUAAAUUCAAUGAAUAAUAAAGCUUUAAAUAAUAAUAUUGCAAUAAGAGGUAGAAUAACAAGAAAUCGUACGAAAAAUGUACCACUUGCAUCUGGUGGUACUGGUGGUUAUUCACCACCAACAACAUGGGAACAACUAAUACUUGAUGAUCAUUUUUUGGGAAAAUAUUUUCUCUAUUUUAAUGCAACUGAAAGAAGAGGUCUUGCUCAGGUUUGUACAAGAUGGAGAGAUGUGUUAUAUUCAAGACCAAGAUUUUGGUCUGGUUUAGUACCAGUUGUUAGAUGUCGUGAAGUUAGAACAAUGCCAUCAAAUUUAAGAACAAAAUUAUAUGCAUCACUUGUUAGACGUGGUUUUCAUUCAUUGGUACUUCUUGGUGCUGCUGAUGAAGAUAUACCAGAAUUAACAAAUUGUUUUCCAAUGGCACAAAGACAUGUACAUUCAUUGUCAUUACGUUGUUGUGCAAUAACUGAUAGAGGUCUUGAGGCAUUACUUGAUCAUUUACAAGCAUUAUUUGAAUUAGAACUUGCUGGUUGUAAUGAAAUAACAGAAGCUGGUCUUUGGGCAUGUUUAACACCACGUAUUGUAUCAUUAUCAUUAUCUGAUUGUAUUAAUGUUGCUGAUGAAGCUGUUGGUGCUGUUGCACAAUUAUUACCAAGUCUUUAUGAAUUUUCACUUCAAGCUUAUCAUGUUACUGAUGCUGCACUUGGAUAUUUUAGUGCUAAACAAAGUAGCUCAUUGAGUAUUCUAAGGUUACAGUCAUGCUGGGAAUUGACUAAUCAUGGAAUUGUCAAUAUUGUACAUUCAUUACCAAAUUUGACAGUGUUGUCAUUAUCUGGGUGUAGUAAAAUAACAGAUGAUGGAGUCGAACUUAUUGCUGAAAAUUUACCAAGACUACGUUGUUUAGAUUUAAGCUGGUGUUCAAGAAUAACAGAUGCUGCAUUAGAAUAUAUUGCAUGUGAUUUAAAUCAUCUUGAAGAACUUACAUUAGACAGGUGUAUUCAUGUUACUGAUAUUGGUGUUGGCUAUAUAUCAACAAUGAGCUCACUGAGUGCAUUAUUUUUGAGAUGGUGUUCACAAUUAAGGGAUUUUGGACUACAACAUUUGUGUGGAAUGAGAUCACUUUUGGUACUUUCUGUUGCUGGAUGUCCGUUAUUAACAAGCAGUGGAUUUUCAAGUCUUAUUCAAUUACGUCAUCUUCAAGAACUUGAACUAACAAAUUGUCCAGGUACAUCAAGAGAAUUAUUUGAUUAUCUUCGAGAACAUUUGCCUCGAUGUCUAGUCAUUGAGUAAAAGACGAUAAAAAAAAUAUAUACACAUCAAUAUAUUACCCAAAAAAAAAAAUUUAAUCAAUUAUCACA